AUGCCAGCGGACGAUCUGCAGCACCGAAGCCAGCCUGAUAUCAGCUAUUAUCCUGACAUCACCAAAUACACGAAGCGCACAGAACGACGGCUGCGAAGUGAGAAGCUGGAGACUGCUCUGCACCACGGCUUGCCGAGAUACAUCGAGUCGCCUGCGGCAUGGACCAGCUCGAUUGCCGACUCGCCAGACUCAUGGCUGUAUUACUUAGACGCUAGUGAUGUCGAAGAACUCAACCAGGCAGUGACGCGUUUCCAGGGUACGCGUACCCCUCUUAGUCAGAUAUCCCGAGAAACAUUUCCUCUUCCCCAGCUCAGCACAAAGCUCCGGGCUUGGUCGAGGAAUGUACACUUCGGACUCGGCUUUGUGGUUCUCCGCGGCCUCCCGAUUCACAAUCUAUCCACCGAAGAGCGCGUAAUCGUCUUCGCCGGCGUGUCCAGCUUCAUUGGGAACAUUCGAGCGCGACAAGACCAAGGCGGCGCAGCGCUUUCUCAUGUCACUGACCUGACAGGCACACAUCCAGCGGCCAUUGGGAACCCUGCCUUCACGGCCGGCCCGCAAGCGAUGCACACGGAUCCGGGCGAGGUCAUCGGGAUGUUCUGCAUUGGCAUCGCAGCAGACGGGGGCGAAAGCCGGGUCGCAAGCUCGACAACGAUAUACAACGAGCUUGCGCUGCAACGGCCAGACCUGCUGAAUACGCUAGCACAGAACUGGGUCUUUGACGGGUUCGGUGGCGAUCCGAAGUUCACUGAGCGCCCUGUUCUGUUCGUUACGCCGGAGAACCGCGUAAUCGUACAAUUCGUGCGGCGCGCCUUCACGGGGUUCCAGGAUGUGCCACGCUCUAGCGACAUUCCUCCCAUCACUGAAGCUCAAGCCGAGGCGCUUGAUGCUCUGCAUUUCAAGGGGGUGGAGAAUUCUAUCUCCAUCCGAUUCCAGUUGGGCGACUUUCAGUUUUUGAACAACCUGAAUCUUCUGCAUGCGCGGGACGGGUUUCGCGAUGGCGAAGGUCAAAAGCGCCAUCUACUGAGGAUGUGGCUACGAGAUGAGGAAUAUGGCUGGUCACUUCCAAAGGAGCUGAAGGACAGCGUCCAAUGGAAGAGGCUAUUCGAGAUGAACAAUGCAGACCAGUGGUUUCCCCUUGAGCCACAAGUCAAAUCGGAAAGAUUCAACUUACCUUCGCGCGUUGAAUAG